AUGCGUCCGGUGCGGCAAGAGGCAGAUGCCCAAGUACCGCUUCGCGCAGUGCGUUAUUCAUCUCGCAAAAAGCGUUGGGCGCAGACUUCCAACUGCGCCAGAGGCGUCAGGGAGCCCCUACCAUCUACCGUCCGCCUCGUGACAUGGAACCUCGACUUCACAGCUUCCGAUAAGAAGAAACGGCUCCUUGCCGCCCUCUCCUACAUCCAGCAACAUGUUCUUGACUGCAGGACCACUAGUGAACGGCCUGAACCAUGCUGCAUCAUGUUACAGGAGGUACAUGUGUCAGUUUUCGCAGAGAUCCUCAAUGCCGAAUGGGUGCGACGGUGUUUCGUAGUUGCUCCCGCUAGCGUGGACAAGUGGCCAGAUCAAGCAGUGUACGGAAAUGUCACACUAGUCUCUCGCACAAUCCCCGUGGUCAAUGUCUCCACCAUCGCAUUCAGCAAUUCUAAGAUGAAACGCAAUGCCAUAUUCGUUGAUAUUAAACUGAGCAUUCCUGCUCACGAAGACGAACCUCGCCUAUCAGGAGGCAUCAUUACCCUGCGCGUUGCAAACACGCAUCUUGAAUCGAUGCCAGAAGGGGCCGGAGCACGGCCUAGGCAAUUGAAACUCAUUGCAACUGCAUUGCGUGGGAGGGGAAUGUUCGGGGGUAUUGUGGCAGGGGAUAUGAAUGCUAUCGGUCCUGCUGACGAGACUAUCGUGGAGGCAGCCGGACUGUAUGAUGCCUGGGAAGGUGAUAACGAUGAUGAGGAAGGUUUUACCUGGGGAUACCAAUCUGCGGGGCGAUUACCGCCUGGAAGGUUAGACAAGGUGCUCACCACUGGACAAGAAGGUUUCGUUGUGGAUCAGCCAGAGAGGAUAGGGAUUGGUGAGACGAUUGGGAGGGACAAAUGGGUGAGCGACCACUAUGGGCUGCUAGUUGAUGAUGUAAAUAUUAACAUAAUAAACAGAGUCGGGCAGAUAAAUAAAUCUACAACUUUUUUUUUCCACGCAGUUCAACUUCCUUCGUCCUCAUUCAACUUAACGACAAGCAAGUUCAUGAUGAAGUUCUCUGUUAGCUACCUCGCGCUCUUCGUGGCUAGUACUCUUGCCCAGUUCACAAUCAACACCCCUGCCAACGUUGUUGAGUGUCAACCCACCCUCCUGACGUGGUCAGGUGGAACUGGUAACAUUCUACCUGGUGCGACCCCCAAUGGUGCUGCUGUUGAAAAUCUGGGACAGCAAAAUAGCACUUCAGUGACCUGGGUCUGCAACAUCCAGUCCGGGACAUCUCUUGGUCUCACCCUCCGCGACAGCACUGGUUUGACUGCGCAGUCUGCGCCGUUCACCGUGAACCCUGGAUGUGCGUGUUUCAGUUGA